CUGCACACCCACAGAAUGCACAGAAACGUCCUGCCCCUUUUGCCACACUCUUCUGGUUUGUUUCUCUACAGCAAGGACGUGUUUGAGGAGCAGGUGGCCACCUCCCACCCGCCCAUGGACGCCAAGUCCGUCACACGCCAAGACUAUGGCCGGGAGGGCUUUCUCUCUGUUCCCCCCGCCCCCACCAAGCCACACGACUAUCGCCUGGAGCAGCCACGCACCUUCUGGACGGAGCACGCCCGCCAGGUGCCUGGUGUCUCCGCUAUCCGGACAAGCGACAUGCCCUUCAGAAAGUGUGCCACGUUCACAACCCCCAUCACGGAGUAUCUGGACCAGCCAAUGCCCUACGACCCAGGAAACUGCCCAAACCUCUGAAAAAAAUAAUAAUAAUAAACAAAGCUGCCCUCUGGCCUGGCCGGUGCCCACGGGGCAUUCUCAUUCCUGGGGCAGAGAGA